AUUUGAGAUUUUUAUAAAAUACAUUUCCGGUUGUUUUGAGAAGAGAAAUGAAGAAAUAAAGAAAAAUUACCGUUUGAUUUCUUAGUGUUUCUGCUGCACUUAAGCUUCUUAUUCUGUUUAAUAAAUGAAGAACAAAAGUCAAAAUUAUGUCAAAUCAAAGUGAUUUGCCCUUGCCACGACUCAGUGAGGACCAUUUAGCAAAGUCCCCGGAGGAGGUUUUUGAUUUGCUAGGCAAACUUGGAGAAGGAUCAUAUGGCAGUGUAUAUAAGUCUCUACACAAGGAAUCUGGCCAAGUUCUGGCAAUUAAACAGGUUCCCGUGGACACAGAUCUUCAGGAGAUCAUCAAGGAGAUUUCAAUAAUGCAACAAUGUGACAGUCCUUUUAUUGUAAAAUACUACGGCAGUUACUUUAAAAAUACAGACUUAUGGAUUGUGAUGGAGUAUUGCGGGGCCGGGUCUGUUGCAGAUAUUAUGAGAUUACGAAACAAAGUUUUAAACGAGGAAGAGAUAGCUACUAUAUUAUACUACACAUUGAAAGGUCUAGAAUAUCUGCACUCUAAGAGAAAGAUUCACAGGGAUAUCAAGGCUGGAAACAUCCUUCUAAACACAGAGGGACAUGCUAAACUAGCUGAUUUUGGAGUUGCUGGCCAGCUCACAGACACAAUGGCAAAACGUAAUACUGUGAUAGGAACACCAUACUGGAUGGCCCCGGAGGUGAUACAAGAAAUAGGCUAUGAUUGUGUAGCUGAUAUCUGGAGUCUAGGUAUUACUGCGUUAGAGAUGGCUGAAGGAAAACCCCCUUAUGGUGACAUUCAUCCUAUGAGAGCAAUAUUUAUGAUACCUACAAAACCACCGCCAUCAUUUAGAAAUCCGGAUAAAUGGUCACCAGAGUUUAUAGAUUUUGUCUCCAAAUGUCUUGUCAAAAACCCAGAGCAAAGAAUUACUGCUCAAGAAUUGCUGGAGCAUGAGUUUGUACGGAAUGCCCAGCCUGUAACAGUAUUACAGAAGAUGAUUCUAGAGGCGAAGGAGAUACAAGAAGAACAGACAUUGAACACCCUGAAUGGAGAUGAAUCUGGUGAAGAUGAUCUGGAGACAGGAGGAACUAUGGUGAGAAAUGAUGAGGGAACUAUGAAAGGAUCUCAGUCAGGGACAUUACAGUCUGAGAGUGGUACAGUUAUAUGUAACAGUGAGGCAUCCACGAUGGUAGAUUCUGACCUUGGUACGAUGGUGAUAAACGAGUCAGAAGAAGAAGAUGACGGUACUAUGAAACUGUGUAAUACAGGUAAAGCUUCAAUAUCAAGUGGGAUGUCCAGUCUCUCCAGUGUGUCCAGUUUUGUCAGACAUAGUACAGCUACAGGGGGUAAGGAGAAAUAUCGUCCGUCCUAUCUCGAUCAUUUUGAGAAGAAAGAGCAGGAAUCUCAAGUACAGCGUUCACAACCUCCAGCCCCUGCCCCACAACCAGUGCCACAAAAACAAGUUACCCCACCCCAUCACUUCCAGAGGUCACUUAUAGAUGGAGACUUCGAAUUUUUACGCAACUUGGCAUAUGAAGACCUGGAGAGACGGCUCGCUGACCUUGACCCAGAAAUGGAGCGUGAGAUAGAUGAGCUGAGAGCGAGAUUUCAAGCUAAACGACAACCUAUCCUGGAGGCGAUAGACGCUAAAAAGAAACGACAACAAAACUUUUAGCAGGAUUAGAAUUGUCUCGUCAUGUGUAAAUGUUACAAUAAUGUUUUAAAGUGGCACACUUCCGAAAUUAACGAACAAAUUUUU